UAUUGAGUUUGCCUUUAUUACAAGUCCACACUCCCUGCAUCAAGUCAAAGCUUUCUAUUUCAUUCCAUGGCAGAAGCUUUGCUUCAAGUUGUGCUAGACAAUCUCACUUCUUUUCUCAAAGGGGAACUUGUAUUGCUUUUUGGUUUACAAAAUGAGUUUCAAAAGCUCUCAAGCAUCUUCUCUACAAUCCAAUCAGUCCUUGAAGAUGCUCAGGAGAAGCAAUUCAACGACAAGCCACUUGAAAAUUGGUUGCAAAAACUCAAUGUUGCUACAUAUGAAGUCGAUGACAUCUUGGAUGAAUAUAAAACUAAGGCCACACGAUUCUCCCAGUCUGCAUAUGGCCGUUAUCAUCCAAAGGCAAUCCCUUUCUGUCACAAAGUCGGGAAAAGGAUGGACCAAGUGAUGAAAACACUGGAUGCAAUUGCUGAGGAAAGAAGGAAUUUUCAUCUGCAAGAAAAGAUUAUAGAGAGACAAGCUGCUAGACGGGAAACAGGCUCUAUAUUAACUGAACCACAAGUUUAUGGAAGGGACAAAGAGGAAGAUGAGAUAGUGAAAAUCCUGAUAAACAAUGUUAGUAAUGCCCAACAACUUUCAGUCCUCCCAAUACUUGGUAUGGGGGGACUAGGAAAGACCACUCUUGCCCAAAUGGUCUUCAAUGAUCAGAGAGUUACUGAGCAUAUCCAUCCCAAAAUAUGGGUUUGUGUCUCAGAUAAUUUUGACGAGAAGAGGUUGAUGAAAACAAUUAUAGGAAAUAUUGAAAGAAGUUCUCUUGAUAUCGAGGACUUGGCUUCACUUCAGGAGAAGCUUCAAGAGUUGUUGAAUGGAAAAAGAUACUUUCUUGUCUUAGAUGAUGUUUGGAAUGAAGAUCAACAGAAGUGGGAUAAUUUAAGAGCAGUCUUGAAGGUUGGAGCAAGUGGUGCUUCUGUUCUAACCACUACUCGUCUUGAAAAGGUUGGAUCAAUUAUGGGAACAUUGCAACCAUAUGAAUUGUCAAAUAUGUCUCAAGAAGAUUGUUGGUUGUUGUUCAUCCAACGUGCAUUUGGACACCAAGAAGAAAUAAAUCCUUACCUUGUGGCUAUCGGAAAGGAGAUUGUGAAAAAAUGUGGUGGUGUGCCUCUAGCAGCCAAGACUCUUGGAGGUAUUUUGCGCUUCAAGAGAGAGGAAAGAGAAUGGGAACGUGUAAGAGAUAGUGAGAUUUGGAAUUUGCCUCAAGAUGAAAGUUCUAUUCUACCUGCCCUAAGGCUUAGUUAUCAUAAUCUUCCACUUGAUUUGAGACAAUGCUUUGUGUAUUGUGCGGUGUUCCCAAAGGACACAGAAAUGGAAAAGGAAAAUCUAAUUGCUAUCUGGAUGGCACACGGUUUUCUUUUAUCAAAAGGACACUUGGAGCUAGAGGAUGUGGGUAAUGAAGUAUGGAAAGAAUUAUAUCUGAGGUCUUUUUUCCAAGAGAUUGAAGUUAAAUCUGGUAAAACUUAUUUCAAGAUGCAUGAUCUCAUCCAUGAUUUGGCUACAUCUCUGUUUUCGGCAAACACAUCAAGCAGCAAUAUCCGCGAAAUAAAUGUAAAAAGUUACACACAUAUGAUGUCCAUUGGUUUCGCUGAAGUGGUGUCUGUGUCUCCUUACUAUCCACUCAGCUUGGAACAGUUUGUCUCGUUAAGAGUGCUUAAUCUAAGUUACUCAAAACUUGACCAGUUACCAUCUUCCAUUGGAGAUCUAGUGCAUUUGAGAUACCUAAACUUGUCUGGCAAUGGUAGAAUUAGUAGUCUUCCAAAGCAGUUAUGCAAGCUUCAAAAUCUGCAGACUCUUGAUCUACAAUAUUGCACCUCACUUUGUUAUUUGCCUAAAAAAACAAGUAAACUUGGUAGUCUCCAAAAUCUUUUACUUGAUAAGUGUUAUGCUUUGAUUUCUAUGCCACCAUGGAUAGGAUCUUUAACACGCCUUAGGAUUCUAGAUUGCUUUGUCAUUGGCAAGAGAAAAAGUUGUCAACCUGGUGAACUACGAAAUCUGAAUCUCUAUGGCUCAGUUGUUAUCACACAUCUUGAGAGAGUGAAGAAUAAUAGGGACGCAAAAGAAGCCAAUUUAUCUGCAAAAGCGAAUUUGCAAUCUUUAAGCAUGUGUUGGGAUAACAAUGGACCACACAGAUAUGAAUCAGAAGAAGUUAAAGUGCUUGAAGCCCUUAAACCACACCCCAAUCUGAAAUAUUUAUAUCUCACUGGCUUCAGAGGAUUCCGUCUCGCAGACUGGAUGAAUCACUCAGUUUUAAAAAAUGUUGUCUCUAUUGUAAUUGAAGGUUGCGAAAACUGCUCAUGCUUACCACCCUUUGGUGAGCUGCCUUGUCUAGAAAGUCUAGUGUUACACAAGGGGUCUGCGGAGGUGGAGUAUGUUGAAGAAGACAAUAUUGAUGUUCAUUCUGGAUCCCCCACAAGAAUAAGAUUUCCAUCUCUGAGAAAACUUACUGUAGCCAAAUUCCGUAAUCUGAAAGGAUUGCUGAAAAAAGAAGGAGAAGAGCAAUUCCCUGUGCUUGAAGAGGUGGAGAUUGAGCAGUGCCCUGUGUUUGUUAUCCCUACCCUUUCUUCUGUCAAGAAAUUGGAAAUCGCGCGAGAGGCAGAUGCAACUGGUUUCAGGUCCAUAUCUAAUCUUAGGGAUCUUACUUCCCUCUACAUUAGCGAUAACGAAGAAGCUACUUCACUCCCAGAAGAGAUGUUCAAAAACCUUGCAAAUCUCAAAGACUUGACUAUCUCUGAGUUCAAAAAUCUCAAAAAGCUGCCUACCAGCUUGGCUACUCUCAAUGCUUUGAAGAGUCUGAAAAUUGAAUGUUGUGGUGCACUAGAGAGUCUCCCCGAGGAAGGGCUGGAAGGUUUAACUUCCCUCACAGAGUUAUCUCUCCAGUACUGUGAGAUGCUAAAAUGUUUACCCGAGGGAUUGCAGUACCUAACAGCCCUCACAAGUUUAACAGUUGAGGGAUGUCCAGAAGUGGAAAAGAGGUGUGAGAAGGGAAUAGGAGAAGACUGGCACAAAAUUGCUCACAUUCCUAAUCUGCAUAUUCGUAACUAUUAGUAUUUAUAAUAGUUUCUUGGGUUCUUUGUUUGUGAUUCUCCCACACAGACCAUUCCUGUUUGUAUUAAGUAUUACUUAUGAUGUGAAACCCAUUUCUCUGUACUUGCUGCUGUUAUAUUAAUAUGCACUACAUCUAAUGUUUC